AUGGCUUUUCCAACCUCCUUGUCUCAGGCUUCUCUGGCAGCCACAAUAUUAGCAUCCACAUAUGGCACAUAUCUCGCCCUAUCGCCGCCGAAUCCUAGCGAACAUGCAGCGCCACCAACAGGAGACUCUGUUCGUCGGUUGUUCCUAACCAACAAACACUCGACCAAAGUAGUCCUAGCUCCUCUGGGACUCUUGGCGCUGCACACGGCCAACUUGAGCUUGCGCUACCCAGAUAUACCAGCUUCUGUUGUUCGCAGUGGUGCAGAGAACGGACUGAACACCGACCUUAUAACAUGGUCUGCUGCGACAGCGAUACCACUGGCUCUUAUCCUUUGUGCCGGUGUGCCCCUCCGGUUGGUUCCAUAUGCGUCGCUGGGCAAAAACUUCACCUUUGCAUUAAAAGAGCCGGAUCGCCUGAAAACAACAGGCAUCUAUCAAUAUGUUCAGCAUCCCAGUUAUACAGGCAUGACUAUCCUCAUGAUAUCUAAUAUAGUGCUGCUAGCUAGAUUGGAUGGAGCUAUCAGUUGUUGGGUCCCGCCAGAGUGGUAUGGUACGUUCUGUUCCUGGAUAUGGGGAUUGCUUCCAUUGGGUGCAUCGCUUGUCUCGUAUGCAAUCUGGACAAGGGUUAGACAGGAGGAGGUAAUGUUGAAGCGAGCAUUCGGUCAAGAGUGGGAUAAGUGGCAUGCAAGAACGGCUCGUUUCAUUCCUUUUGUUCUGUGA